UGAAUUAUAUGCCUUGGCAGAAGUCUAAAAAGAUUGGUAAUACGAAAAGUCAGCAGAGUCUCACUGUGAAAACGAGAUUGCAAAACUGCUUGUUAUGUUAGUUCCUGUCUAGCAGCAUACGUGGAAAUAUCACUGAAAAUGAACGAAGCAGUACAGUUGUUUGAGGGGCAGUUAUCUGUCAUAACUAGACCACUUGCAAAACAGCUUGGUGCGAAAGAAGUCUUGAUUAAGGUAAGCUAUGCUGGUGUCUGUGGUACGGAUUUACAUAUAUUAAGUGGAGAAUUUCCUGUAUCAAAAUCUGCUGUUGUGUUGGGACAUGAAUUUUGUGGUGUUGCAGAAGACGUUGGGACUGAAGUAAAACACAUCAAGCCUGGAGAAAGGGUAGUGGUGAAUCCCAACAGUAACUGUGAUGUAUGCAGGUACUGCACAAGAGGCGAUCCUCAUUUCUGUAAAAUUGGGGGAAUAAGAUCAACUGUGGGCAUUUGGAAAAAUGGUGGCUGGGCAACAUAUUGCAAGGUUUCUGCAAUUUUAGUUCAUCCACUACCAGAGGAAAUUCCGAUGUCUUUUGGUGUGUUUUGUGAGCCGUUCUCUUGCCUUAUACGUGGAUGGGAAAAUAUGCAACCAUUAAGAUCUGAUUCAAGUAUUUUAGUUGUUGGAGCUGGUAUCAUCGGGUUGCUUUGGGCUUCGAUAUUUCAUUUUCGAGGAUUUCGUGACUUCGUCGUUAUGGAGCUAUCAGAAAAGCGACGGGCUGUGGCUUGCAAUUUGGGUCUAGGCCUAAAAGUCGUGCAUCCAGAUCAUCUGUUCAACCAGUACCAAGAAGCGAAACGAGACGGCAACGAUGACUGGGGAUUUGAUGUUAUUGUUGACUGUACUGGGUCACCCAAGGCCAUAGAACAGGAAUUCCUUUACACUCGCAGAGGUGCUAAGUUGGUGCUGUUUGGCUGCUGUCCAGAGAAAUCCGAGAUAAAGAUAGACCCUUUUGAAAUCUAUAACAAAGAAUUGGUGAUUAUUGGCUCUCAUAUCAACCCGAAUACGUUUCCCAAAGCCAUUAAAAUGGUUAAAGAAAUGGGAGCCCUUGGAUACCUGGAUUUUCAAAAAAUAUGCACAAAAAAAUUCUCAUUGCAAGAUUACCCAGCUGCUCUUGACGCUCUACGAAAGGGGGAAAUUGCAAAGGCCGUUUUUGAAAUCAACAGUGAGACAAAAUAGAAGUUGCUUCAGCUAAUUUCAAGCUUUUGCGAGAGCCUGUUUGAUUAUUUCGCUUCAAAGUAUUUUCAAUUCAUACAAUAAUUCAUGCAAUUGCAGAGCAAUAAAGUAAUUUAGGUAAGGGAUGUCAAACUGGAAGACCCGCAGGCCAAACUGCAUUUCAUCUUGGGUCUUGAACACAGGCUAUUCAAGUGUAAGCACCAUUUUUUUACAAAGCAAUUUUAUCUUAUAUUUCUCCUUUACGUAAUCCAUAGCUGUUUGAAUCUAUUUUUAUUUAAAAUAUUAUCAACUAUCUGGCAACCCAAGUUCAAUUUAUAAAGCAUAGUUGGUUUAGGUCUUUUUGAAAGAAUUUUCGUUCUGUUCUGCCCGUUUGUUGGACCAAGCUUUACAUUUGGCCUCUUCUGUGAUUUGGCUCGAUUCCCUUUAUGAAGGUUAAACAGCAUUGCUUACGCUAGUUUCUGACUAGGUGGCAUACGUUUACCUAGCAUCAAUGCGUAUUGUGGCACGUUUGGGUAGACAUUUUGAAGCUGGUACAAAGGAAAUUUGGGAGGCACUCAGUUGGCACACAAAUGACACAAUAUCUGCAACAUUGUCAUAAAAAGGGGGUUGAUAAAGACGGAGAAAGUAACUCUUGACCAUCCCAGAGCAGAGUCUGGAGAAGCCUUAAGCUUUGAAAACUUGAUUGAAUGAGGCAGAGAAGACGAUUUUGUCAACACUUUUGUAAUUUUCAGCUCAAGAUAGGAAUGUCUCUGUUUUUGUGAAAAACUCAGCUCGAUGCAUCCAGCUCUCAGAUUCACCAUUGAAAGGAGGAAAAAAACAUCUAAAGUUUUCUUGAUGCUUGUGUACAAAAGGAAAGAGCUGGAUUUCUCACUAGUGUUUACAAGAAAACCAACUUUUUCUAGGUAACAUAUCCGUUGGUAUUCCUUUAUUCUGUCUGAUAAAACCUUAGCCCACAUGGCACUUAUAAUAAGCACCAAUUCUAAAUUAGGCCCUGAGCUUAACAAAAUCAAUGAAAGUCUUCUAAACAGUGGCUUUCCAAGGGAUGUCAUUUCGACCUGUACGAUUUCGGGAAAAAUGCUAGUUUCUCGGUUGGGAAAAAGUUUGGUCCAAAAAAGUGCCCAAUUAUGUUUAAAAAUGCAUCGGAUUGGCAUCGUUUCAUUCAACGCAUAACCAAUGGAAGACCGUAAGUUUAUUCUUUGGAGCCUUGUGUGGUCUGAAAGACUAAUGUUAUGCCCAAAAGGAUUGCGCUCAGUUGUGCGAGGAAGCUGAAACUCGUUUUCAAUAUCUUUUUUAUAAAAGGUUUGAUACCCGUUCAGUAGGUUAUGAGACCCCAUUCUAUGUUCCUUCCAGAUCAUACUCUGCUCAUUCGGUUUUUCGAGAGAAUAGUGAAGUGACAAAUUGCUAGGACAAAAACUAUUGAUAUACUUUACUUCUUAGAUAAAAAACAAAAUCUUGAACGACUAAUCAUUACCUUUAUAAACCGCCCAAAAGUCGUAAAUCGUUAUAAUGGAUGUAGUCUGCUUUAAAUUAAGGGAUGAUAAGGGGGUUGGGGCUGUUGCGCUUACUAAUCACUUGUCGCUUAACGUUUAUCGUUGUGAUAUUUGAUAUGAAAAGAUACUUAACG